AUGCGCGAUCGCAUGGCUCGAAUUCCCCUGCUAGUCGCCCUGGCGAACAGUGCUAUCGGCUCAGCACAGUCAUCGCCAGGCCUACCAACUCCUAACACUCCCAUUAUUUCGAACACCACCACCUCUACCAAUUCCACCAAUUCCACGAAUAACCCCGAACCUUUGCCGAUAACCACAGUCUCUCUGAUGAAUAGUGGUCAAAUUCCACUCCCCGCACCCGCCUCUCUCAACUGGACAGAUCCUUGUGCAAUCCUUCCCUUGGAGGCUUCUACUUGGAGUCGCCUUAACCUUGAUCAAUAUCUCGUCAACUAUCCGGGAGGACAGAAUUACACUCUGACUGAUUACGCUCUUUCUGUGAGUGUUCAAAACUGGGUUUGUGGCAUAGGAGAAACGUGUGAUGCACAACAGCCAUGCAAUCCCAUCCCAGGGCCCCAAUGGGAAGUGCUUUAUGCGGUACAAAAUUGGAAUUUGGUCCAAAAUACACUUUACAAUGCCAUAGGGAUGGCAGUAUCUAUGACACAAUCGAUCACCUCCGCCCUUGUAACGGAUUUGUACCAUCCUGCUAAGCGUAGUCCUCUCUGGAAGUGGAACGAUAUAUUUUCAAUUGCCGGCGGAAUCGCCGCUCUGAUUGCUUCUGUCGUAAUGGUAUAUCCCGGGACUCUACUCGCCAUUGGUAUCUGGUACAGUAUCAAUGCCAUCAUUGCUACUGGCGAAGGUGCCGUAGGAAUCAUGCUGCUUGACAAAGACAAGAAAGAUGAACCAGACCCUUUCCAACGAUGGUCCGAAUUUGCUUGGUACCUAGGGAAAUGGCAAAGUCUUGCACAGGGUACCCUCAGCAACCGAACCACAGACAUCAUCAACGCAGGAAUUAGCACUCCACAGGGUAUUUCUGGAGUGCUCAAAAAUGGAACCUACUUCAGACGCAUUGAGGCUCGUCAAUUCCAGCAAGUCGAGUCGGAGAUUAAGUUCACUGCCACUGCCCGAAUCUUGAAUGCAAUUAUUCGGGACUACGGAGGUUUUGUCACCGUAGGAGAGGGAUGCAAAGGGAAAGGACCAAAUGGUGCUUGGAGCGACCCGGAUUCGAUUUCGUUCUGUUACCCUAAUAAAACAAUGAUGAACGUUAUUCGACAGAAACAUGACCAUUCCGUUAACACAUGGUAUCAUGGUUCUGUGAUCAACUCAUCCUACGGAUUCACUGCAGAAUACCUGACCACUCAGUCAUGGAACUGUCAGAAGAAGUAUGGAAAGCCCGAGUUCAACCCCUAUAAUGAGACGGCUGUACCCACCGACCGGAACGCUGACUGCAUUAUAAACCUACCUGUAUGCGAUACUCGAAUUCCAGCCAUUCGCAAGGCUAUCAAAAAACACGGAACCGUCAAGGCAUGCAGAGAAGUUGGAAAACUUCCGAUCUAG